AUGGUGCGCGUCACCGACGAGCUGGCAAUUUCGCCAGAGACCAUCGCGCUCUACCAUGCCAGUGACCCUCUGCUCGGCCACCUGCCCGUCCUCGCCUUCCACGGGCCUUCGACCACGGCCAACUUCACACACAACAGCUCACGCAUCCAAGUCCACAUCUACUCGCCCGCCGGCUUCCAGUCCUUCCCCCGCCUCACCGUCUCGCCCAGCUCCGACUUUUACAGCGUCGUGACCCACCUGCCCCGCGAGUUCCAAGGCGACGAAAUCUGCCGCGGCCUCGCCUUCUCCCUCUUCAAGUACUUCAGCGAGCUGCCAGAGUCCGUCAAGACCUACCUGCGCAACCAGUACCCAACCACACGCGGCCGCCGUCCGGGCUCGGCGCCGGCCCUCUUCGGCGAGCAACAUGCCGCAGACCUCGCCAAAGCCAUGGCCUGCGUCGAGACCAACAUCGACGAGCACCUGCGCGCCCUCGAGUGUGCGCUGCAGACACAGCACGUGAGCAACAUCGAUCUCGACCUUGUCCUUCCACCCGGAGCCAUUCGACUCCCCUCUCUCGACGGCGACGGCGCCAGCGGCGCCGUCGAAGAUGACGACGACGAUGUGAUCCUUGACCCGACCUUGCGCCAGUAUGAUCCGGCGUACACUCCUCUCGUCAAGCUCUUCGGCGAGCCCGUCUUCCUUCCCACAUCCAAGUUGCGCCGCGCGCCGUCGCGGCCCAGCUCGCUCAACCACCGCACAAAGGCCUUUACAAAGGACCAAAAGGUCGAGCUGCGCAUGCAGAUGGGCGAGCUGGUGGACACCGAGGAGCGCUACGUGCUCAAGCUCAAUGAGCUCGUUAAACACAUUGCCGAUGACUUCCGCCAGAAGGCCAAGGACCGCACGGCGUCUAGCUCGAGUCCGUCCAUGGAAGACGUCGACCGUCUCUUCCCGCGCUCUGCAGAUCACAUCCUGCAAGUCAACUCGGCCUUUAUGCAGGACUUGCGCCGUGUCAUGGAUGACACCGAGGAGGAUGCGGUGCGCGACCUGGACAUACCAUACACAUUUGGGUCGGCCUCGUCGCGCACCAUGCUGGUCAGCUCCCACGCCCCUAGUGGCGGUGGCUCCGUCCGUGUCAAGGAUCCUAGCGGUGCUUUAGCCAUGGCCAAAACCUUCCUCGAGUGGUUUCCCAAGUUCACCGACUGCUACCAAGACUACAUUCGUGCUAGCCAGAACUUCCCACAGCUGCUGAGCAGCUUUCUCGACAACAACCAGUCCAGCUUCCGGGACCGUGUUGUGCAAACCACCGGUGAGCAGGCGUUGCGCUCUAUCCUCAUCGAACCGGUGCAGCGCCUGCCGCGCUAUAGCCUCUUCAUCGACCAGAUUGUCGGCUGCCUGCCUAUCACACACCCAGCCCUGCAGUUGAUGCUAAAGGCGCGCGACAUCAUCACAAACAUUUGCUCCAUGGACGACCCGUCUGACAACAAGCCCCAUGUCGUCAACCGGUUGCGCAAUCUGGUCGAGUGCUGGCCCAUGGACCUCGAGCCACGGGGCCGUCUGGUUCUAGCCGCCGACUUUGUCGAGCUGGCCGCCCCCUACGAUGCUGACGCGCACAGCAUUGGUAUCCAGGAUCGUGCUGGCCUCUUCUUGCUCUUCAGCGACUGCCUCGUUGUUGUCAAGAAGAAGGCAGGCACAACGUUCACGGGCCGUGACCUCCUGCGCGAGAUUGACAAACCGUCGCCGGCCGGCCUAUUGGUGUCCAUGACCAACGCAGCAGGCGGCCCAGGAACGUACGACUUCGCCUUCAGCGGGUGGCACCGGCUAGCCGAUGUGUGCUUCACGGAAUCCGCAGACAGCCGUCUUGUGUGGAUGACCUCGACGCAAGAGAUGAAGAGCGCACACUCAGGUGACUACAUGGCCAGCAAGGCCAUUACCUCGCGCUGCUUCGUCCUCCAAGAGACGUUUGAGGCCAAGGCUAUGCGAUGGAGCGAGGACCUCGUCAAAGCUCGCAUCGAGGGACGUUUCUCUGAGGCUGAGCGUGAGACACCCACCUGGUCGCUCCGCUCGGUUCGCCUUCCCGAGAACAACAAUAUGGGCCUCCAUGCCGCCGUCUUCCAAGAGGCCGCCGAAGAGCUUAUCGAGGGCCGCCGGGAGCCCGCCCCUGUGCGCGUCGUCUUCGACAAUCACCUGGGCACUAAAGGCGCUCCUGUCGGCCACUACGGUGUCGAGAUUGUCGUUGAGGUGCGAACGGACGUCGGCCGCAGCAGCACGGGCAGCCGGGGCAGCUACAGCAACGGAGAGAAACGCCUGAUUAUGAACACGGUCGGCCUCAAUGGCAAGCGGUACUCAGAUGACAUUGCCCAAGAUGACUUCUUGCCGACUCUCGCGCGGCGCAUCAUCCAGCUCAUGAGCUCUCAGUACAACCCGUCCAAUCCCAAGCUGGUCCCUGCUCUUGUCUCCUACCACACCAAGACACUGCGCUCGCUCAAGUUUGGCAACCGCGCCGAGAAAACCAAGUCGUUCCUUGGCUCGUCUCCCGUCAAGCUGUUGUCGAGCUUCCUGAGUGGUGGCAGCACGACCAAUGUUGCUAGCAACAACGCUUCACCGGCUGUAGCCGCCGUUGCGAACACAAGCACAACCACCCUAUCCGAAACCAUACACGGCUCCAUGCGUCUGCAGCGGUCACAGUCCAGCAGCAGCCGCCCACCACAACCACCUCAAGCCGACACUGCAUCCCUCAGCGGGUCAAUCCGGGACCGCACUGGCGGUGCAACUUUUGGUGGCGACGCAUCGCGGCCGGAGAACCCCCUGGUGCGCUUGGAGCAAACCUUUACUGGAUACGUCGCUGCUCUCCAGGCGCGGAAGGGCCAGUUUGUUGCUCGGACCUUGCUCGGCCGCAGUUCCAGUUCUGCCGACGAGCUGUCGGUCAAUUUGCUGUACAACAGGCUGAACGAGAGCCCGUACGACUGGGAGUCGUCCUCGGACCUAAUGCCCGAGGUUGUCUUUGCCGCCUUUGAAAAGUUCACACGCAUCGCCUGGCGCGACCAGAUGGGAACCAUCAUGACCAUCCAGUCACUUGACGCUCUGCAGGAACGUGCCAUUCGCAAGGUGCCAGGCGAUUUUGCCGACUUUGUCAACUACCUGUUCGGCGAUAUGGCACCACAGAAUCGACGUGCAUUUACAGCUUUGAUCAAGCUUCUAGCCGACCUCCUUGACGGGUGCAGCGACGACGGCGACCGCGGUGCCCUGACUCUGGCUUUCGCGGAGCUCCUGGUUGCAGGAAACGGAGAUCCGCACAACUACAUCAACUUGCUCGACCUCCUUGUCCAAGACUGCGACCGCAUCUUUGACGAGAUUGGACUUGGCUCAGGCAUCCAUCUGCGCAGCUCCGCCUACGAGUCCUUGAAUUCGUCUGUGGCCCGGAGCCACAAAUCUGCAACUGGCUCCCUGACAUCCAACACCUCGUCACUCCGGCGAAAGUUUGGCCUCGAAUCUCUGCUUCGUCAAAAUAGCAGCAGCAACCGGGGACUGGAGAACAUGGUGAGCGGUGCAAGCGGUCUUGCGGAUUCCACGUCGGAACGCCCGUCCAUGUGGCGGAGUCUCAGCAAGCACCACCGGAACCCGGCGACGGGCGAAAGCUCAAGUUUGUCCAAGGCGACGUCGGCCAGCUACGUCAACCGCUCUCGGUCCAUUGAUAUGGGCAACCACUCGCCCAUGGGCAUGAACAAGCUCAUGAGGCGCCCUGCAUCGCGUGAUCGUCCCCCUAUUGCGGGUGCCUUUGACGACCUGUCCAUGAUGCAGCGGCCCACAAGCUCACACCGUCCGACAAGCUCGCAUAAACAGUUGGAGACAAUCGGCGAGCCAGACACAGAGCCGGGGGUCGGCACGUCCGGCAAGUCGGUCACGGAAAAGUCGCUCAAGAAAAAGCGCCGCAGCUCGCUGUCUGAUCUCAAGAGUCUGAUGGCUGUUGUGAGCCUCGAUGACGAUGAUGUUCAGCCCAGCCCGGUAUCAAAGAACAACGAUAGCCCGUUGCCCCCUAUUCCUCUCCGGACAACUAAGAUCACGUCCGAGAAGGUGAAUGCGGGCCCGCGCGCACCCUCGCCGUCCAAGAUUCCCAAGAGCCCCCAAUCGCUGUCACAGACACAAUUCCAGAGCCACGGCCGGCAGAACAGCACACAGGCGCAGCAAAUACAGGCCCCGCCGCAGUUGGCCAGCAUGUUCCAGUCCCCGACCCAAAAGGAAAAUAUCGCGGCGGGCGAUUCCCCGCAGCAGCCCGUGUACGAGCCGGGCCACAGCAAGACUUUGUCCAGUGGCUCGCACAUCCCGACGCUCAAGACAUCGCGGGCGGCCGGCACAAUUUUGCCUCCGCCGGGCUCAAUAUCGCCCACCCGCCAGAGCCACCUCCCUCCACCGAGUCCAUCCAAGCUGACACCCGGCACGCUGGCCUCUGCUAACAACGGAUCCACACUUGGCGGCACGGGACAGAAGCUGCGCCUUCAGUCACCACAGAAGCUGCGUGAGCGCCUGCAGUCAGAGAAGCGGGCGGUGGAAGAGGUUGACGCGUCGUUGCAGUCGGAGCUGUCUCUCAUCUCUGAAAACAUGGCCAAGCUGAACCGUGCAGGGCCUCCUCCUCCAAGUACGAGUACGGGUCCUGCGCCGGGCACGACCACGGUCGAUCUCCGGACGCUGGCCGCCGCGGUGCAAGCACUCGAGGCACGCCUGCCGAAGCGGUUGCAGGAAGUCAGCGACCGCCAAGAGGCGCUGCAGCGCGACAUGGACGCCACGGUCAAGGCGUCCGAGGGCAAGGUGCGGGCGAUUGACCAAAUGUACAAGGAGGCGACGGCGGAGAACGAGCUGCUGUACGAGAAGUUCAACACGGAGCUCGGCAAGAUUGUGCGGGCGCUCAAGGGCAAAGGUCGCGAGGACAAGGAGGAGCUCGUGGCCAAGCUCAAGGAACAGACGGAGGAGACGGCGCGGCUCAAAAAGGACAAUGCGCGGCUGCGGCGCGAGGCUGUCAGUCUUCGGGCGCUGCUCAAGAGCGAGCAGCAGAGUUGA